CGCUUCGUUUCGCCAGUACAGGAGACCUUAAAGUCUCCGUAUUGUACGAAUAAACGAGUCGUGAAUAGUGGAAGUGAGAAUGAGCAACAGCUAAAGGUCAAAACAAGGAAAUCGCCAGAUGUUAGGUGUAAAAACCGGGUGAAGUUUUCCGAUAAAGAGGUUAAAAAGUCGGCGAUUGAAAGUGAUCCACAAAACGGAAGCUAGUGGCGCAGACCAUCCUGCAAAAUUCCCCAUCAAAACGUUUUGCAGGCCUGAAAAGAUAGGCAACAUUACUUUAUUUAUCAUUACAUCUUCGAAACUUCAAUAACUAGUUUAAUUAAAUAGUUGAACACGUUGACGUCAUGAAGUGUUCGGCUACGAAGAAUCACGUUAUCCACGACGUAAUUAUGUAAAGAGUAUACUAGCGCUCGGAUGAAUGACACAACUAUGGCGACUGUGGACGGCCGGCCUGCCCACUAUGGCCUGGAUGUUAAGCAACUUCGGGAUCUCAUGGAGACCCGAGGGCGUGAGGCAAUCGAAAGGAUCCGUGACGAAUAUGGGGGUAUUCAGGAGGUUUGCAGGAAACUGUAUACGUCUCCUACAGAUGGUCUGAGUGGAUCUCAAGCAGAUCUUGACCACAGACGCCAAACUUUUGGUGCCAAUGUAAUACCUGCGAAACCCCCAAAAACUUUCUUACAGCUAGUCUGGGAAGCAUUACAAGAUGUUACACUUGUAAUUUUGGAAGUCGCUGCUAUCAUUUCAUUGGGACUUGCCUUUUACGAACCACCUCCAAACCUAGAAGAUAAAGAAUUAUCAGUUGCAGCUGACGGAGGAGAAGGAGAGGCUGGAUGGAUAGAAGGAGCCGCUAUACUGGUGUCUGUUAUUAUUGUAGUACUUGUGACAGCCUUCAAUGAUUACACGAAAGAAAAACAAUUCCGAGGAUUGCAGAAUAGAAUAGAACACGAACAUAAAUUUUCCGUGAUUAGAGGAGGGGAAAUCAACCAAAUACCUGUAAGCGAAAUAGUUGUCGGCGAUGUUUGCCAAGUUAAAUACGGAGACCUGCUUCCUGCAGAUGGUAUUCUAAUCCAGAGUAAUGACUUAAACGUUGAUGAAAGCUCACUGACUGGAGAAUCUGAUCAUGUGAAAAAAGGAGAAAAAUUUGAUCCUGUAAUGUUUCAGGUAAAAUGGUUGUUUUUAUCAUCAUCAGGAACUCAUAUAAUGGAGGGAAGUGGAAAAAUGCUUGUGACAGCUGUUGGUAUCAACUCACAAGCAGGGAUUAUCUUCACACUUCUGGGAGCUGCAUCCACAGAGGGAAAGACACAGACUAAGCAUGCCAAAAAAGAUGAGGAUGCACCAAUAUCAGGCAGUACUACCUUAAUCAAUGCUAACACUGCCAACAACCAUAGUAAAGAGGCACUUGCCACUCCAGAACCAAGGCUAUCCAGGGACGUAGAUGAAGAUCAAAAUGCUAAAAAGGAAAAGUCUGUACUUCAGGCCAAACUUACUAAGUUAGCUAUUCAGAUUGGCUAUGCAGGUUCCACAAUUGCUGUUUCAACAGUUAUCAUCCUCAUAAUUCGUUUUGUUAUCAAGAUGUUUGUCAUAAAAAAACUAUCAUGGUCAGCAUACUAUACUCAAUUCCUAGUCAAGUUUUUCAUCAUUGGUGUUACUGUCCUGGUUGUGGCUGUUCCUGAAGGGCUUCCAUUAGCUGUCACUUUGGCGCUAGCCUAUUCAGUUAAGAAAAUGAUGAAAGAUAAUAACCUGGUACGACAUUUGGAUGCCUGUGAAACAAUGGGCAAUGCUACAGCAAUUUGUUCUGAUAAAACUGGUACAUUAACUACAAACCGCAUGACAGUUGUUCAGAGUUACAUCUGUGGGACUUUAUUCACAACUUCCCCAAGCUUUGAAAAUUUAGCACCAAAUGUUGAAGAAAAGAUUAUUACUGGAAUAGCUGUGAAUAGUGCAUAUACAUCACGAGUUCUGCCACCAGACUGCCCAGGAGAACUACCCAAACAAGUGGGCAACAAAACUGAAUGUGCCCUUCUAGGAUUUGUGAUGGAUCUAGGUAGAGAUUACCAGACCGUUAGGGAUGACAUUCCAGAAGAAAGGCUUCACAAAGUUUACACUUUCAACUCUGUCAGGAAAUCUAUGAGUACAGUCAUUUAUAUCAGUAACGGGUAUCGUGUGUACACAAAAGGAGCAUCUGAAAUAGUUAUGAAGAAGUGCUCAUUCAUAUUUAGCCAUGAAGGCCGAAUAGAUCCAUUUACCAAAGAAGACCAGGAUCGCAUGAUGAGCAAUGUCAUUGAACCAAUGGCCUCUAACGGACUGCGUACAAUCUGUCUUGCUUACAAAGACUAUGUCACAAAAGAUAAUGCUAUCAACCAAGUGUUAUAUGAAGAAGAACCAAAUUGGGAUGAAGAAGAAGUUAUCACCAGUGGGUUGACUUGUGUAUGCAUAGUUGGGAUUGAAGAUCCUGUUCGACAUGAGGUUCCAGAUGCCAUCAAAAAGUGCCAGAAGGCUGGAAUCACAGUAAGAAUGGUAACAGGAGAUAAUGUUAACACUGCUCGAUCUAUUGCCACCAAGUGUGGUAUAAUAAAGCCCUGUGAUGAUUUCCUGGUCUUAGAUGGGAAAGAAUUUAACAAGAGGGUGAGAGACCAUACUGGAGAGAUACAACAGCAUUUGAUUGAUAAGGUUUGGCCAAGGCUCAGAGUACUGGCCAGAUCAUCUCCUCAAGACAAGUAUACCUUGGUCAAGGGCAUCAUUGACAGUAAACUUAGUGCCAAUCGAGAAGUUGUUGCUGUAACAGGAGAUGGGACAAAUGAUGGCCCUGCUCUGAAAAAAGCAGAUGUUGGCUUUGCAAUGGGCAUCGCUGGCACUGAUGUAGCAAAAGAAGCAUCGGACAUCAUUCUAACAGAUGAUAACUUCACAAGUAUUGUCAAAGCUGUGAUAUGGGGCAGAAAUGUCUAUGAUAGCAUUGCCAAAUUCUUACAGUUCCAACUUACAGUAAAUGUUGUUGCUGUGAUUGUUGCUUUUGUUGGAGCCUGUGCAAUAGAGGAUAGUCCUUUAAAGGCUGUUCAAAUGCUUUGGGUAAAUUUGAUCAUGGAUACUUUGGCAUCUCUGGCAUUGGCCACUGAACUCCCAACAUCGCAGUUAUUACUCAGAAAACCAUAUGGUCGCACCAAACCACUCAUAUCUCGAACCAUGAUGAAAAAUAUUUUAGGCCAUGCCAUUUACCAGUUGGUUGUUAUUUUUACUCUGUUGUUUUUAGGUCACAAAUUCUUUGACAUCGACUCAGGUAUGCAUGCCCCUCUACACUCACCUCCUUCACAGCAUUUCACUAUCAUUUUCAACACUUUUGUAAUGAUGACACUUUUCAAUGAAAUCAAUGCACGGAAAAUACACGGAGAGAGGAACAUCUUCCAAGGACUGUUUAGAAAUCCGGUCUUUUAUUCUAUCUUGCUUGUAACUUUUGCAGCACAGUUCAUCAUUGUCCAGUUUGGUGGUUAUGCUUUUUCUACGGCAGGCCUUACUGUACAACAAUGGAUGUGGUGUGUGUUUUUUGGUUGCGGAACACUGCUCUGGGGCCAAAUCAUCACCACAAUCCCCACCAAAAAGAUCCCCAAAACCUUCACAUGGGGAUCAGGAACGCCAGACGAACUUGAUCAUGCUCUUUCGGACAAUGAAGACUUGAAGCGAGAUUCAAUUGCUGGAACCCAAGAUGCCAAGCGCACUGGACAGAUUUUGUGGAUUCGUGGCCUUACUCGUCUCCAAACACAGCUUCGAGUUAUCAAGGCCUUUAAGAGCACACUGGAAGAUAUGGAAGAAAAACGUAGUGUACAUAGUUUACACAGUUUGCGUAGCUCACGUAGCCAUCCGGGUACUCGACCUUUUUCAGAUAUAUGUUUUAUUGAUGAAGAGAUGCGAAUGUCCUCAACUAAUGAAUUUCCAUAUGAACAGAGUGGUCCUCAGAAAAAAAAAAUUCCAUUCCUGCUACUUCAGCAGCAGCAGUCAUAUCAUGAAGAAGUAUCCCAGGCUCGAGCAGCAGACCCUUACUCUAGUGCUAUCGAAAACUGUCCGUACCCCACAACCCUCAGUGGACCUUCAUCACCAUUUUCACGCACAGGAGAAACUGUUAAUUCAGCACAACUAAGUGAAGACCCCACAUACAGAUACUCCCGUGCUAGUGACGUCUUACCACCUACAGCAGAGCAAAGGUAUCGUCCUACCCGUGCCACUGAUCCAGUUUACAGUGCUCCUCCUGCAAGAACAGACCCACACUACCGCUACAGUGAUACAAUACCUGAAAUAGACGAGAGAAGAUUUUACCAUGGCCUCAGCGACCCUUCGUACAGUGUAAGUCCAAUACGAGGAGAUCCCCGAUAUCGUAAUGCUCGUUCAAGCGGUUUCACCUAUGAUAUGGCCUCUUCGUAUGACGACCCACAGUACCGCACCUCUCGGGGCUAUGACACGAGGUACGGCCUUGCACAGCAACGAGAGGACAUGCGUUAUCGCAACACUCGUGUUGUUGAUCCUGUUUACAAACAGGUAUCAACACGUGAAGAACCACGUUAUCGCCGUGAUGGCGGUAGGCUUAGUUCAAAGAAGAGGAAAAAGGGGAGAAGAAGCACUUAUAAUCAAGACUUUGGAACGAAUAUUUGAUAACAAGCCUGAUUAGACAAUAAACUGAAAACUUUUCUUAAUUAACAGAGGAAAGUUUCUUUCCCAAAUCUAUCAUGUAAUAUUAUAGGUGUAUUUUUUCAUGACGUACGUAGAUGUAAGUUGUACAAUAUAUAUACACUAUGAAUACGCCGCCUCUUAGUUUCAUAACGAAACGUGAACCAUGUUUCAUGAAGUGUAAUAAUAUUUGGGACCUCCACUCUAUGUUAUAGUUAUACAGUACAGCAUAUCGAUAAAAUUGUGAACAACGCUACAUUUUCUUGUUGUUAUUAUUUCCCAUUUUAUUUGUAUCCUUUUAUCAACGUUGAUUUUAAUACAGAAUAAAACUUGUAUCUACUUGAAAAUUAACAGGAAAAUAAAUAUCAGGAAUG